AUGAAGUUCUUCAUCGCCACUCUCCUCCUGGCCCCCUUGGCUCUCGCUCUCGACGGCCCUCUGCCUGAGAAGGAGGUUACCGAGAACUCAGUGCCCGUGGGCCUCGCCAACUCGGAUGUCCUCCAGGCGGACAGUCUCAGUGCCGCGGCCGCCUGCCCGGUCAGAUCCCCGUACCUCUGCCCGUACGGCUUUUGCUGCCCGUACAGCCCCUGCUGCAGACGGGAGUGCUGCGCUCCGGACGCCGACUUCUGCUACGACGGCCGCUGCUACAAGUACGUCUGA